AGAAGCGGCGUCGGACCGAGAGAUCGGCACUGGCUGCCUGCAAGUUCGCGCCCCGCUCCCAGCUGUCCCAGCUGGGCAGUAGCUCCAGUGGAUUGCGGGUACGGCUUCCAAGAGGCCCCUUAUCUGCUCCUGACCACGUGGCCCGAUCCCUCGACCAACCAGCUCCCAGCUGGGGCGCGAGCCCUCUCCGGAGUACGUGACCGCCGUGGUGCUGGACUCCUGCAGGUGUUAGGACGGAACAGACUCAGGGACGCCCCUUCUUCCAGCCUCCGACCCGCUCCAACCUCAUUUCCAGUCACCACCUUCAGAACCACUUCAGCCAUCCUCAGCCUCCGAGACCAGCCUACACGGCGUUUCUACCUUAACUCCUACUGCCGAACAACCAUGAGCUCCCAAACCCGUCAGAAUUAUUCCACGGAGGGGGAGGCUGCUGUCAACCGCCUGGCCUGCGUCUGCAGGGCUCCCACCUACCUCUCUCUGAGGUACUAUUUCGACCACGAAGAUGUGGCUCUCCAGGGCGCGGGCCAUUUCCUCCGAGAGUUGGUGGAGAAGAGUGCGAGGGCGCUGAGCGGCUCUUCAAGUUGCAAAACCAGCGCGGUGGCCACAUUCUCUCCAGGACACGCUGAGCCUCCCCAAGAUGAGUGGGUGAAACUCAGGGCCAAGGACCGCCUGGGCCUUGGAGAGGAACCUGAACCAGGCCUGUGGUGGGAGCUCCCCCUGGUUCUACUCACUGACCCUCAGCUCUGUGACUUCCGGGAGAACCACUUCCUGGGCGAGGAGGUGAAGCUCAUCAAGAAGAUGGGCGACACCUGGCUCCCCUCCGCAGUCUGGCCGGCCCUGAGGCUGGUCUGGGUGAGGCUCACCCUCCAGCAGGACCAGGAGCCUUUGGAGCCCAGAGGCCUUUAA